AUGGCAUUGAUUGUCGAUACCCUUAUGCUUUGUGGAAAGCAAAAUAUUCCAAUCCGUGGUCACCGCGAAGAUGCUGAUUCUGACAGAAAGGGGAACUUUCAAGCACUACUAGAAUUUCAGGCUAAAAAUAAUCCAGUUCCGAAAGAUCAUCUGGAAAAUGGAGAUCCAAGGACGCGCUACACUUCUCCAAAGAUUCAGAACGAGAUAAUUGCCAUAUGUGGCAAACUUAUUUCUGAUGAAAUCGUCACCGAAUGUAAUCAGUCUCAAAUGUUCAGCCUGAUAGCAGACGAGGCAACAGACUGCGCUACAAUGGAGCAAAUGGCUCUUUGUGUGCGAUAUCUGAAGGACAGCGAGAUCAGGGAAGAAUUCCUUGGUUUCUCCGAGUGCAAGAGUACCACGGGGGAGGCAUUGGCUAACGCCUUUCUUGAAAACCUCAGAUGUUUAGGAGUACAGAUGGACUAUAUAAGGGGUCAGGGAUACGACGGGGCCUCAAAUAUGUCCGGGUUAUAUAGAGGUGUCCAAGCCAGGAUCCGCCAACAAUAUCCUGAGGCAGUUUAUACCCAUUGCAAGGCCCAUUGCUUGAACUUAGCAAUUGUCCACGCAUCCAACUGCACGUACGUUAGAAAUAUGAUGGCCACGGUGCAGACAGUAGCGUUUGCUUUUAACAUGUCCGCAAAACGUUUGCUAAAUUUUCAAGAAACUCUCGGAUGUGACCCCACCAGCCGUGAAGAAAUGGAAGAGCGACAGAAGCUUCAGUCGUUAUGUGAGACACGUAGGGCAGCUAGGGCCGAUGCUCUUCACACGUUUUUAUGCUCAUACAGGACUGUAGUAACAUCACUGGAGGACCUGGGUGCGAAUGGCGACACGAAGGCAGCUGCAUAUAGUCUAUCCGUGCUAAAGUUUGAUUUUAUAAUCACCCUUGUAACAGCGGAGCAUGUUCUUGCUGCACUUGUUGGACUAUCAACCAUGCUACAGCAGAAAGCCUGUGACCUCUUAAGAGCUGCCACAGAAACUAGAGUGGUGAUUGCUACAUUGAAGGCAAUAAACCUCUGGACAGCAUGA